GAGGAUCGGAGUUUCUCCUUGGGGAGAAAAGUUUCUCUGCGGGCCCGACAGUUGCUCCAGGAUUUCCAUGUCUAGAAACGGCGGGGCUUCGCAACAUCAUCCCCCUCUACCUUCCUCCAGUGGGAAAAACCUGGAUGAUCUCACUGAGAAGCAUGAGGGGCAAGCGCCUGCCAAGUUCAAUCCCCUCAAACUGCAAGAAAGGCUGGUUUUUCUGCCCCCUCCCAAAAGACCGGCAGAUGCCUGCGUCCUGAACUUUCUGCACAGUACCAGAGCGCAAGAAAGGACGAGAAAACGGCAGCAACCUGUCAGACUGGAGCCGUUGCCCGCACUAAAAAUCCAUCGAGGUCAGAAACAGCCUGAGUACAUAUACCAGAAGAACAGAGAGCGUUUAAUAAGUUGUGGAAUACUAAAACCUACUAGUUUACCUGACAAAAGAAUAUCUCCCAUUGAAUCACCUGGAAGUUCUCGUUUUCUGGAGCGUCAAGAUGACUUGAAGGAAAAACAGAAACAACAGCAUAUUGGUGAGACAUUCUCUCCUACUCCUCCCAAACAGCCAUGUACCAAUAUAAGAAAAAUCAGUUUUCGCAAAUAUUCUGCUACUCCAUCACAGAGUUUUACUUGCCGGGAUGAUGUCAUUAAAGCCAAUAUUCGAGAUCCCUUGCAAAUUAUUAAAAUAAUAUGUGAAAACAAAAAUCUCGGAUUUCUUUAUCUGACUCCUGCAGUGCCAAAGUCAUCAACUGAAUAUGACACAUACAAUCUGAAAAUUGUAAGUUAUGACGCCUUAAAUAAAAAUGAUUACUACACUAUCAGCCAAAAAGCAGUAACCCACAUGUGUAAUGGAGAAGCUGAAUUUAUGGAUCUUGAUCGAUGGAAACAAGAAUAUCUUUAUCACAGAGAACUCACUAAGAUCCCCAUAUUUGCACGCUUCCGCAAAUGGAAGGCAUUUGUAGUGUGGAGGAAGAAUGUCCGCUCCAAGAAAAUCAGUGGAUGUCGAAAAGCUUUGCAGGAGAAUUUGUUCUUUGUGAAUGAUUCUCUGCGACCAGCAGUUCUUAGUAUCCGAGAAAUGUGUUAUAGAAUCAGUGAUGUCAGCCUCUGUUACAUUGAAAGAGGUCACAUACACACUUUAGAGGAAUUUAGGAACAAUCAAUUCAAACAUUUAGAAAAGGUGUCAAGUCAGUUAAUGGAUUUCAGAGAGGUGGCUAAAGAAGUCGUCAGAAGUGCUUGUCAAACUGCCUUGAUAGAAUCCGGAUUUAUUCCGGACUACUACUAUGACUCCGAGAAUGAAGAAAUGGUAACAGGACAGGAUACUUCAAGUGCUAAUAUUUCACCUUAUUUUAAACAAGAUGACUGCAUUGAUCAGUCUGAAAAAAUGACUUACACAGAGCAGGCGAGCAAAAGAUCUCACUGUGCUCGGUUAACUUGCUUUAUCCGUCUCACUGACUAUAUAAUUGUGAACAUGAUGCAUGUUAUGAUGGUAAAUUCAAUCACUACACUCUUGAAUUUUCUUAUGGAUAAGUUAAAACGGACACCUACUUCAGAUGUCAUACGGAAGUGGAAUACUGAGGAUAACGUUGAAAUAAUAGAAAAAAAGGCUCCCACUGGCAUUGGAGGACAAGAUGAAGAUGAAUCAUUCCUCCCCAUGUUUAUCACAGAACUAAUUUUGGACAUCCAGUCACUGUGGUUUGAGCCCUCUUUAGAAAAUUUUCAGGAUGGUAUUUCCCAGGCUAUUCGUCAAUAUCAGGAAACAGUUUUAGCUGUUCCUAACCUUGUAACUGAUAGUUAUUUUGAUGCAUUCACUUCUCCCUACAUAAACAAUAAACUUGAAGAAAAAACUUGCGGGGAUGGACCAUGUUUAUCAACAGUGUUUGAAGACGAUAUGCAUUUGCAGUCACUUAUCCAAGGCAUAAAGGAUGUGGUUCAAUCUGCAUUUGAAGCGGCCAAUAUGUACGCAGGUACUUUUGAAAAUUUCCAACUGUUUUUCAAAGAAAAUGAGAACCUUGACUUGGAAGCUCUUAAACAGCAGGAACCCGAUGUUAGUUUCUUUGCCGAGCAGCUGAAAAAAUAUCACAAAGAACACAAGGAUGCAUUAGCUAUAAAGCCGACAAGGAACUUAGGAAUGUUGUUAAUUGAUACCAUCGAACUGAAGAAAAAACUAAUUCCAUCACCAAAACGUUGCUUAGAAGUUAUUAAUGAGAUGCUCCCUGUUCUUAGCAAGAAAAAAGUGGAUGCUAUAAUUUCUGAGGCACAAGAUGCACAGUAUAAACUUGAGUUUGUGCCUUCAGCAACCCUAGAAUACGUGAAUAGCUUGAAUUUCCUUGAUGAAAUCCAGAAAAGGAUUGAAAGUCUUACAGAGGAAAGUAAAGCCGUGAGUCAGAUGUACAAACUUAUUGAUCAGUAUGUGGUCCCCACACCUCCUGAAGAUUUUGCUGUAUUCGCAACCCUGAAACCAUCCGUCAUUGCAGUUCAAGAUGCAAUUGAUAAAUCGGUGGGAGAAAGAGACACAACGAUUAAAAAAUUUUGUCAUUAUCUUGGCAAAGAUAUUGCAGAGCUAAACAAAGAAGUGAUUGAGGUAAAGCAGCAAGCUCAGGAUCCCCAGCUUUUGGAUAUUGCAGCUGACCAAACCAAAGUAAAACAAAUCUUGAAUGACUUGCAAGUUACUUUAGAUGAGUUACAAAAACGUGCGUUCCAAUAUAAAUCCUACCAGAAGAAUUUUAAGGUGGAAGUUUCAAAGUUCAAUGUCUUGGAAGAAGUUUGUGCAGAACUGAAGCUCAAACAGUUGCUUUGGGAUUCUUUCUAUGAAUGGGACAUUCACCAAACAGAGUGGCUGGAGUGUAAAUUUGAUGUCCUGGAUCCAGAACAGUUAAAUUCUCAAGUUGCAAAAUAUGCCAAAUUUGUGAGUCAGUUGGAAAAAGGGUUGCCAUCAAACAAUGUAGUGCCAUUACUCAAACAAAAGGUGGAGAAAAUGAGAGAAAAACUUCCAGUUAUCACGGACUUGAGAAAUCCAUUCUUGAAACCAAGACAUUGGGCAGUCCUGGAACAGACAAUCAAUGCUGCAUUAGUGGACGUAGAGUUUCCAUUAUCCCUGGCUAGACUCAUUGAGCUGAAUGCUUUUGAUUUUGCCCAGGAAAUUCAAGAUGUCUCUGGAAUGGCAUCUGGAGAGGCCUCUUUAGAGACAAUGCUCAAAAAGGUGGAGGAUUCUUGGAAAUCAAUUGAAUUCAUUGUCUUGCCUCAUCGUGAUGUCAAAGAUGUUUUUAUCCUGGGUGGAACAGAUGACAUACAGGUUCUCCUUGAUGACAGCACUAUCAAUGUUGCAACUAUAGCCUCUUCAAGAUAUGUGGGCCCUCUUAAAAGCCGUGUGGAUGAAUGGCAAAAGCAACUCGCUCUAUUUAACCAAACGCUGGAGGAAUGGCUGAACUGUCAGAGAAACUGGCUUUACUUAGAAAGUAUUUUCAGUGCUCCAGACAUUCAGAGACAGUUGCCUGGAGAGGCUAAGAUGUUCUUGCAGGUGGACAAGUCUUGGAAAGAAAUAAUGAGAAAAGUGAACCGUCUGCCAAAUGCUCUUCGUGCAGCUACUCAACCUGGACUUUUGGAGACUUUUCAAAACAACAAUGCCCUGCUUGACCAAAUUCAGAAGUGCCUAGAAGCCUAUUUGGAAUCCAAGAGAGUUAUCUUCCCCAGAUUUUACUUCUUAUCAAAUGAUGAGCUCCUGGAGAUUUUAGCCCAAACACGCAAUCCACAGGCUGUUCAGCCCCAUUUAAGAAAAUGUUUUGAUGCAAUCGCUAAGUUAGAAUUUGCCCUUUUGGUUCCUUCUGAUGCAAAAGGAAUUCCUGCCACGGAGGGAGAACCUGAAAAGGUUUUUACUAAUGACAUAUUAGCAAUGCUGUCACCAGAGGGAGAAAAGGUUAGCUUGGGGAAAGGACUUAAAGCACGAGGCAAUGUAGAAGACUGGCUUGGUAAAGUAGAAGAAGCAAUGUUCAUGUCUCUGAGACGUCUGAGUAAGAUGGCUAUUGCUGAUUAUCAAUAUAAACCAAGGAUAGAGUGGGUAACGGCUGGCCAUCCUUCUCAAGUUGUGCUGACCGUUUCUCAGAUCAUGUGGUGUCAUGAUAUGACUAAUUGUUUAGAAGGAGAGGAUCACGAUCAUUUACGGGCCCUGGAACAAUUUGAAAAAGUAAACUUUCAGAGGUUAAAUGCAUUGGCCGCAUUAGUUCGAGGUGUACUUCCUAUAUUACACAGAAAUAUCAUUACUGCCUUGAUUACUAUCGAUGUUCAUGCAAGAGACAUUGUCAGUGACCUCGUUGGAGAAAAGGUGGAUACCACUGACUGCUUUGAAUGGCAAAGACAACUACGCUAUUAUUGGGAUCUGGAACAGGAUAAUUGUAUUGCUAGAAUGGCUUUAUCCCAGUAUACCUAUGGCUAUGAAUAUUUGGGCGCAUGCCCAAGAUUAGUGAUUACUCCUCUCACCGAUCGUUGCUACCUUUGUCUUAUGGGAGCAUUGCAGCUUGACUUGGGUGGAGCCCCAGCUGGGCCUGCAGGCACUGGCAAAACUGAGACAACAAAAGAUUUGGCCAAAGCCCUCGCCAUCCAGUGUGUGGUGUUUAAUUGUUCCGACGGUUUGGAUUAUAAGAUGAUGGGACGUUUCUUCAGUGGUUUGGCACAGUCAGGAGCCUGGUGCUGUUUUGAUGAAUUUAACAGAAUUGACAUAGAGGUUUUGUCUGUUAUUGCCCAGCAACUUAUUACAAUUAGAAAUGCCAAGGCUGCAAAGCUCUCCCGAUUUAUGUUUGAGGGGCGGGAAAUCAAGUUGGUUAUGACCUGCGUGGCAUUCAUCACAAUGAACCCUGGAUAUGCUGGACGGACUGAAUUGCCCGAUAAUCUAAAGGCUUUAUUUAGGCCAUUUGCAAUGAUGGUUCCAAAUUACGCCUUGAUAGCGGAGGUCAUUUUAUAUUCAGAAGGAUUUGAAUCCAGUAAAGUUCUAGCAAGGAAAAUGACUCAAAUGUACAAACUUUGCAGUGAACAACUUUCUCAGCAAGAUCACUAUGACUUUGGCAUGAGGGCAGUUAAAUCUGUAUUGGUCAUGGCUGGGUCACUGAAGAGAGAAAACCCUAACCUGAAUGAAGAAGUGGUAUUGAUAAGAGCUUUACGAGAUUCCAAUUUACCAAAGUUUCUUUCAGAUGAUGCUCUUUUGUUCAGUGGGAUCAUUUCUGAUCUCUUCCCCGGAGUCACGAUUCCAGAACACGAUUACGGCAUUUUGCAGUCGACGAUUAUCGAUGUCAUGAAAGGACAGAAACUGCAACCCCAGCCCAGCAUGGUUCGAAAAGUGAUACAGUUCUACGAAACGAUGCUGGUGCGACAUGGCGUGAUGCUCGUCGGGCCGACGGGAAGCGGCAAGACGACAAUUUACCGAAUUCUGGCGGAAUCUCUGGGAGUUUUGCACAAGCUGGGAGAACCAAAUCCCUUCUACAAACCCGUUAAGACUUUUAUCCUCAAUCCAAAAUCCAUCACCAUGGGCGAAUUAUAUGGUGAGGUUAACCAUUUAACGUUGGAAUGGAAAGAUGGCUUAAUGGCUCUGAGCGUCCGAGCAGCUGUAAACGACACUUCAGAAGAUCAUAAGUGGAUUAUCAGCGAUGGGCCGGUGGAUGCACUAUGGAUUGAAAAUAUGAAUACAGUUUUGGAUGAUAAUAAGAUGCUUUGCUUGGCCAACAGUGAAAGAAUCAAACUUACUCCCCAGAUUCACAUGGUUUUUGAGGUACAAGAUCUUAAAGUUGCCUCUCCUGCUACAGUUAGUCGCUGUGGAAUGGUGUAUGUUGAUCCUGAUGAGCUCAAGUGGUUCCCCUAUGUUCAAACGUGGAUGAUGAAUAUUUCAACAAAACUAAAUGAAGAAACAAAGCUAUAUUUGUUGGACCUGUUUUCUAAUUAUGUUGAUGAUGGUUUGAAAUUUGUCAAUAAAAAGUGCACACAAGCUAUCCCACAAGUGGACAUCAGUAAAGUCACUACACUCUGCUGUUUAUUGGAGUCCUUAAUAUUUGGGAAAGGUGGACCUGACCUAAAAAUGGAGCAAACAAGAUUAAAUGGUAUCCUAUGUCAGACAUUUAUUUUCUGUUAUUUAUGGUCUUUGGGAGGAAAUUUAACAGAAAACCAUUGGGAUGCCUUUGAUUCAUUUAUUAGACGACGUUUUGAUGAUAAUCCUGAAGCCAAGCUUCCAAGCUCUGGCGAUCUGUGGAGUGUUCGUAUAGAUUUUGAUCGCAAACGACUAGAUCCUUGGGAACGAAUCAUACCUUCUUUCCAGUACAGCAGAGACAUACCAUUUUUUGACAUGCUUGUACCCACUACUGACACUGUCCGAUACGGUUAUCUAAUGGAAAAAUUGUUGGCAGUCAAACAUCCUGUAUUGCUUACGGGCAUAACUGGGGUUGGCAAGUCUGUUGUCGCAAGGGGAUUGCUGAGUAGAAUCCAAGAUGAAGCUUCCUAUGUGCCUGUUUACCUAAACUUCUCUGCUCAGACAUCAUCUGCAAGAACACAAGAAAUCAUCGAGUCUAAGCUUGAGAAAAAACGAAAAAAUAUUCUAGGAGCACCGGGGAACAAAAGAGUUGUAAUUUUUGUGGAUGAUUUAAACAUGCCUAAAUUGGAUCGAUAUGGAUCUCAACCACCAAUUGAGCUGCUUCGCCAGUAUCAAGAUUUUGGUGGAUUCUAUGACAGAGAGAAACUUUUCUGGAAGGAAAUUCAGGAAGUGACCAUUGCAGCAGCCUGUGCCCCUCCUGGAGGUGGUCGGAAUCCAGUGACUCCCCGCUUCAUUAGACACUUCAGUAUGUUGUGCCUGCCAACCCCCUCCGAGCAGAGCCUUAAACAGAUUUUUAAGGCUAUCUUAAGUGGAUUCUUGUAUGAUUUUACUUUUGCUGUAAAGCUAACCGCACAAAGUAUUGUGAAUGCUGCAGUUGAUAUUUAUGACAGAAUGAGCAUUGAUCUUCUCCCAACACCUGCGAAAUCUCAUUAUGUGUUUAAUUUACGAGACUUAUCAAAGUGCGUGCAAGGCAUCCUCCAAUGUGACUCAGGAACUAUAAGAGAUCAAACUCAGAUAUUUAGGCUAUUUUGCCACGAAUGCCAAAGAGUCUUUCAUGAUCGGCUAAUCAACAAUGAAGAUAAGGAAUAUUUUCACACUAUGUUAUCGGAAAUGGCCAGUAAACAUUUUGGAAUCACAGUUGAACCAGAAUAUUUUGUGACUAAACCCAUCAUUUUUGGAGAUUAUAUUAAAAUGGGAGCAGAUAAAGGUGAUCGAAUAUAUGAAGAUCUGACUGACAUGGAAAAGAUCGCAGGGGUGCUACAGGACUACCUUGAUGAUUUUAAUUUGACAAAUUCUAAAGAAGUUAAAUUGGUAUUCUUCCAAGAUGCUAUAGAACAUGUUUCAAGAAUCGCUCGGAUGAUUCGACAGGAAAGGGGAAAUGCCCUGCUUGUUGGAGUAGGAGGGACGGGAAAACAAUCUGUCACCAGACUCGCUUCUCAUAUGUGCGGCUAUAAAUGCUUUCAGAUCGAACUUAGUCGUGGCUAUAAUUACGAGAGUUUCCACGAAGAUCUGAGGAAGUUGUAUACAAUGGCAGGCGUAGAUGGCCAAGAUAUGGUUUUUCUUUUCACAGACACGCAGAUUGUAGUGGAGGAGUUUCUGGAAGACAUAAACAAUAUUCUGAAUUCUGGCGAGGUGCCUAAUCUGUUUGAAAAAGACGAGCUGGAGCAAGUUUUGGCAGCUACAAGACCAAAAGCAAAGGAAGUAGGAAUCCCAGAAGGGAACAGAGAUGAGGUUUUUCAAUACUUCAUCAGUCGAGUUCGUCAGAAACUCCACAUUGUCCUCUGUAUGAGUCCCGUGGGGGAGGCUUUUCGAUCACGGUGCCGAAUGUUUCCGUCCCUGGUGAACUGCUGCACCAUUGACUGGUUUGUGCAGUGGCCUAGAGAAGCCCUUCUUUCUGUAUCAAGGACAUUUUUCAUGAAUGUUGAUCUUGGAAGUGAUGAAGUGAAAGAAAAUCUCUCAUUAACGUGUGUAGAUAUUCACAUGAGUGUUACCGAUACAGCUGAACGAUAUUUUGCAGAACUGAGGCGACGCUAUUAUACAACACCCACUUCAUACUUGGAAUUGAUUAAUCUUUAUCUGUCCAUGUUGGGGGAAAAAAGAAAACAACUAGUUACAGCUCGAGAUCGGGUGAAGAAUGGCUUAACCAAACUGUUGGAGACGAAUGUGCUUGUGGACAAAAUGAAAUUAGACCUCUCGGCUUUAGAACCAGUCCUUAAACAGAAAUCCAUAGACGUAGAGUCUCUGAUGGAAAAACUGGCAGUCGAUCAGGAGAGUGCAGAUCAGGUCCGCCGUGUUGUUCAAGAAGAUGAAGCAGUGGCCAAAGUGAAGGCAGAGGAGACCCAAGCAAUUGCUGAUGAUGCUCAAAGGGACCUGGACGAAGCUCUGCCGGCUCUUGAAGCUGCCAAUAAAGCACUCGACUCUUUAGACAAGGCAGAUAUAUCCGAAAUCAGGGUUUUUACCAAGCCUCCAGAUCUGGUCAUGACCGUAAUGGAAGCUAUCUCCAUUCUUCUCAACGCCAAGCCUGAUUGGACAACAGCCAAACAACUUCUUGGGGAUUCCAAUUUUCUCAAAAGACUUUUAGAGUAUGAUAAAGAAAAUAUAAAGCCUCACAUUUUGUCCAAGCUCCAGAAAUAUAUAAACAAUCCUGAUUUUGUGCCUGACAAAGUGGAGAAAGUGUCCAAGGCUUGCAAAUCCAUGUGUAUGUGGGUAAGAGCUAUGGAUCUAUAUUCUCGAGUGGUCAAAGAAGUCGAACCGAAGAGACAAAAACUGAACGCUGCACAGGCUGAGCUUGAUAUUACGAUGGCUACGCUUCUAGACAAACAAACAAAAUUAAAACAAGUUGAAGAGAAAAUACAAGCCUUGCAAGACCAAUAUGACAAAGGUGUGGCUGAGAAAGAGCACCUCGCCAAGACCAUGGCACUCACACAGGCACGCCUCACCCGUGCUGGAAGACUUACAGCCGCCUUAGGGGACGAGCAAGUUCGGUGGCACGAGAGUAUCCAAAACUUUGAAGAUGAGAUCGCAAACAUCAUCGGAAAUGUGUUUAUAGCAGCGGCCUGCGUUGCCUACUAUGGUGCUUUCACAGCACAGUAUAGACAGUUGUUGAUAGACUGUUGGAUCAAGCAGUGUCAGAAUCUCGGGAUUCCAAUUAAUCCUGACUUUAGUGUCAUAAACAUCCUUGGGGAUCCUUAUGAAAUUCGGCAGUGGAACGCUGAUGGAUUGCCACGUGACAUCGUGUCCACCGAAAAUGGUAUUCUGGUGACCCGAGGGCGCCGGUGGCCUCUAAUGAUUGACCCCCAAGAUCAGGCAAAUCGUUGGAUCAGGAUGAAAGAGACACAUAAUGGUCUAAGGAUAAUUAAGCUCACUGAUUCUGGCUUCCUACGUACCCUCGAAAAUGCGAUUAGACUUGGCUUACCUGUCUUACUGGAAGAGCUGAAAGAAAGCUUGGAUCCUGCUCUAGAGCCAGUCCUUUUGAAGCAAACGUUUGUCUCUGGUGGACGGACCCUCAUUCGCCUUGGAGACUCUGACAUUGAUUAUGACAAAAACUUUAAGUUCUAUAUGACGACCAAAAUGCCGAAUCCCCACUAUCUUCCUGAGGUGUGCAUUAAAGUGACUAUCAUCAAUUUUACUGUGACCAGAUCUGGUCUGGAGGAUCAAUUAUUAAGUGAUGUUGUGAGACUCGAAAAGCCUGAGCUAGAGGAGCAAAGAAUUCAGCUCAUUGUGAGAAUCAAUACUGACAAGAAUCAGUUGAAAGCCAUUGAAGACAAAAUUCUAAAAAUGUUGUUUACCACCGAGGGAAACAUUCUGGACAAUGAAGAGCUUAUCAACACCCUCCAGGAAUCCAAGAUCACUUCGGGGACCAUAAAAUCAAGACUGAAAGAAGCAGAGGCUACUGAGCAAAUGAUAAACGCAGCUCGGGAAAAGUAUCGUCCUGUUGCUAUUCAAGGAUCUGUUAUGUAUUUUGUAAUUGCUAGCCUGUCUGACAUCGAUCCCAUGUAUCAGUAUUCUCUGAAGUAUUUUAAGCAGUUAUUCAAUACAACAAUUGAAACUUCUGAAAAGAAUAAUAAUCUGCAGCAGCGUUUGGGCAUUCUGCUCGAUCAGACCCUCUUAAUGGCUUAUGUCAAUGUAUCUCGAGGCCUUUUUGAACAACACAAGCUUAUCUACAGCUUUAUGCUGUGUGUUGAAAUCAUGCGACAAAAAGAACAACUAACGGAAACAGAAUGGAAUUUCUUCCUCCGGGGUGCUGCAGGCUUAGAUAAGGAACGUCCUCCUAAACCUGAAGUUCCCUGGCUUGCAAAUGCCUUGUGGUUUUCGUGCUGUGAUCUGGAAGAAACAUUUCCAUAUUUUCAAGGAAUUUCCCAAGCACUGGUGCUCAAUCCCAUUUCUAUUAAAUUAGGAUCAUUUGAAACUUACAUCAACCCAGAGGAAUGGGAAGGCUAUUCAUGUGAAGAUGCUGUGAAAAUAAAGGAAUGGAAUGUGAAACUGAGUAUUUUUCAAAAACUCAUCCUUGUGAAAUGCUUUAAAGAAGAAAAGGUGGUUUUUGCUCUUACCGACUUCGUGAUUGAAAAUCUCGGAAAACAAUUUGUAGAGAAUCCCCCCGUUGACCUGGGGACUCUAUAUCAAGAUAUGUCAUCUUCCACUCCUUUGGUAUUCAUCUUAAGCACAGGCUCCGAUCCCAUGGGAGCUUUUCUGAGAUUUGCAAAAGAAAGUGGAUAUUCAGAACGAGUACAGUCAAUUUCCCUCGGGCAAGGACAAGGUCCCAUUGCUGAAAAGAUGAUUAGGGAUGCCCUGAGAACAGGAAACUGGGUAUUUUUGCAGAACUGUCAUCUUGCCGUUUCAUGGAUGGUCUCUAUGGAAGAGCUUAUUAAAAGCUUUACAGAGCCAAGUGUCACUAUCAAGGACAGUUUUCGACUCUUUUUAAGUUCCAUGCCUAGUGAAACAUUUCCUGUCACUGUUCUUCAGAAUUCGGUCAAGGUGACAAAUGAGCCACCGAAAGGACUAAGGGCCAACAUAAGAAGGGCAUUCACAGAGAUGACACCAACCUUUUUUGAAGAAAACAUUCUUGGAAAGAAAUGGAGAAAAGUGAUUUUCGGCAUUUGUUUCUUCCAUGCGAUCAUUCAGGAGAGGAAAAAAUUUGGACCUCUUGGUUGGAAUAUCUGCUAUGAGUUUAAUGACAGUGAUAGAGAAUGCGCCCUACUCAAUCUUAACCUUUAUUGUCAAGAAGGACAGAUACCUUGGGAUGCGCUAAUUUACAUCACAGGUGAAAUCACUUACGGGGGACGAGUUACUGACACCUGGGAUCAAAGAUGCCUUCGUACUGUCUUAAAAAGGUUUUUCUCUCCUGAAACCUUAGAAGAUGGCUACAAGUAUUCCGAGUCAGGUAUAUAUUUUUCUCCUGUGGCCGACGGCAUACAGGAGUUUAAAGACUACGUUGAAAACCUGCCUUUAAUUGAUGAUCCAGAAAUUUUUGGAAUGCAUGAAAAUGCUAACUUGGUGUUUCAGCAUAAAGAAACCAGCACAUUAAUCAAUACUAUACUUGAUGUUCAGCCAAGAUCUACAACCAGUGGAGGAGGAAAGAGCAACGAUGAAAUUGUUCAAGAACUUGUUGCGUCAGUCUUGUCCAAGGUGCCAGAAAAACUAGAAAUGGAAGGUGCAUCUGAAACCCUCUUUGUGAAGGAUGAAAUAGGAAGACUCAAUUCCCUAACUACUGUCCUUGGACAGGAAGUGGACCGAUUUAAUAGUCUUCUCAAGUUGAUUCGAAUCUCUCUGGAAACACUCGCCAAAGCUAUUGCCGGCUUUGUCGUGAUGUCAGAAGAAAUGGAAAGAGUGCACAGCAGUUUUCUGAACAAUCAGGUUCCGGUGCUUUGGUCUGAGGCAGCAUACCCUUCGUUGAAGCCUUUGGGAUCCUGGGUAAAGGAUCUCGUCCUGAGGACAGCAUUCAUCGACGCGUGGCUCAAAAGGGGACAGCCUAAGUCAUUUUGGAUCUCGGGUUUCUUUUUCCCUCAAGGAUUUCUAACAGGUACUCUUCAAAACCACGCUCGCAAGUACAACUUACCAAUAGAUGAGCUAAACUUCCACUACACCGUUCUUCCUACCUACCGAGAUCAAGCAGAGGUGACAGCGGCUACCAAAGCCUCCCAGUUUGACCAAGAAUUGCCCAUUGAUGCUCAGUUGCCUUCCCCUGAAGACGGUGUCCUGGUCCACGGCAUGUUCAUGGACGCUUGCCGCUGGGAUGACGAAGACAUGAUUCUAGAAGACGCACUGCCCGGGCAGAUGAAUCCAAUGCUCCCAGUCGUGCAUUUUGAACCUCAGCGGAACUAUGAACCCGAUCCAGAGUUAUACCAAUCCCCACUCUACAAAACUGGAGCCAGAGCAGGAACACUUUCCACCACAGGGCAUUCAACUAACUUUGUGGUGACCGUCCUCUUACCCUCCAAGAAAUCGAAUGACUAUUGGAUAGCUAAAGGAUCUGCCUUGCUUUGCCAACUGAAUGAAUAAAAAGAAUCCAGCUGUGCCAAGAAGAAAUAAAGGGAAGUUCAUUUUUAGUAAAAGCUUUUCCAAAUAAUUACAUGUAAACUUAAGAGUGUUUGAGUUUUAACAGUCCACUAUUUUUGUAUUACUGUUAACUCUGCUUCCAAAAAGAUUCAUGAGAUGAGAUUGUUUUUCCUUUGGCAUUUGCAUGUGAACUUUCUUUAUGAGAAUCUUAUUUAGUACAAGCAUCCAUUUCCUGAUUACUCUACAGAGCCCUGGUUAAAAGUGAUUUCAUAGAGUAUCAGCAUAUUUUUGUAAAGACCUUUUCCAUUUUAUCACCACUAUAGGAAAUCUUCAGCUUUUUCUGUUUACCUGUCGAUAUAAAAGCUUAUGCUGUCAAAUAUUUGUAAGUGAAAAUAAAAAGCU